AGUUGGCAACCAUUUUUUGACAUGAUUGUUCUUUUCCUUUUUCGCAUCUUCUCUAUUCACUUAUUUGACAGUUAAUGAAUUCUCAAAGUGGAAAAAAAAGAGUUGUGAAAAUUGUUAAUUUGUGCGUCUUUUUUAUACUAUGCAAAACAAUAUUUUAUUCGUUUUGGAUUUACGAGUAAUUUUCUGAAUUUUAUCGGUUUCUUAAGAAGUUGUCGAAAUUAUAAUUGAAUUAGGGAAACAGUAUAGUAGAAUCUGAACCAUAGGUUUGACGCCAUAAAAUGGACGCUGACACCGUGUUGGAAAGAACGGCGCCAAGCGAUUACAGGCUCGUUUGUAGAACGUGCCUUGCUUCCGAUGCCGAAUUUUACAAACUCGAUUCACCUAUAUUCUUAGAAGAUGACGAAACGGACGAAAAGCCAGCCAGCUUUAUGGAAUGCCUGCGUUACUGUACACGUUUAGGCGAUAACGAUGACAGUGAAAAAUUGGAUUUUCCAAUUUACAUAUGUACUGAAUGUAGUACAUCCCUGCAAGUGUCCUACAAUUUUAUACGUAAUGCACUUGAAGCGCAUGAAAUUUUACGUCAAAAAUUGAGUGAAAAUACUGAUCUGCAAUUGAAAAAACACAAAGUUCAACGUAAGAAUGGUAUUGUGGAUGAAGAUGGGCGCAAAAGCGCGGGGUUAGAAGACGGUGCGGAGUCGGAAGCGACAAAAAUGCGCUUUCGGUGUAAAAUAUGCAACGAAAAAGUCGAAACAAAGAAAACAUUGAAAGAACACAUUAAAUUGCAUUUAGAUAUAAUUUCUUAUUGCUGUGAGCUGUGUAGUUUCGAAUGCAAGAAACGAACUUUGCUAUUUGAUCAUUAUAAAUUGGCGCAUAACACGCAACCAACACGGGAUCAGUUAAAACCAAAAACCAAACAGCCUGUAAAAAAAGAACAAGAAAUCGAUAGCGAAGAUCCAAUUACACAAGAAAUGGAGAAAAUACACAAUACACAAGUAAACGAAGAUUAUUCGAAUCAUACAAAAUUCGCAGCACCGGACCAACAAGAAGAAUUAGAUAUGAAGUUAUUUCUAACACCAGCCAGCAGUAAUGGAUCAGCGGCAGCGGCAUAUGUAGAAGCGGCCGCAGCUGCAACCGCUGUUGAUGUCCACGAUGAAUUGCCCGAGCAUAGACCUAGCAUAACGAAGGAUUUGCAGCAGUACGGCACAGAUCAAUUCAAUAUAACCGCAAAUGAAUUAAGCGUGGGAAAUGAAUUUAUCGUUAUGGCGGAUGGUACGGUAGAGGAAGUGAUGGGCAACGGUGUUGUCAUCGAAUACAUUAAUGCUGCGGAGGAUGGUGUCACAUUGGAAAACGGGUUGGUCUUGGAUAAUAUAAUGCAAGUGCAACAAACAAGCGAUGCUGAGCAGACGGUCACUAUGGAUAUGGAUGUUGAUGAUAUUAUAAUAGAAGAAAGUGUUGGUAAUGAUUUAUCUAUCUCCAGCCUUGCGUCUAUUUCGAUGGGACCAGAGACCACAGUGCAAACACUACAAAAUAUUGAAGAUGAAUUGCCGCCACCCUCAAUAAUAACUGUAAAUAGUUUAGUUACUGCAAAGCGUAUUAAGUGUAAGAUUUGCACCAGUAACUUUCAGACACAAGAUCAACUUAAAACUCACAUGCUAUCGCAUAAUGAAAUACCGCAUUUCUUUUGCGAUCAGUGUACGUUUUAUACAUUCUUUAAGAUUGAUUUAACACAACAUUACAAAACCAAACACAAGCUGCAGCCGACACAAAAACAACUGCAACCGAAAAAUAAAGUGCGAACCAAUGACAAAUUUAGCGAUCUUAAACAUAUAUACGCGUGCGAUUUGUGUCUUUUCGAAACACGUAUAAAGUCGCACUUACGCCGCCAUUAUUUGAGUCAGCAUCAAGAAGAGGCGACCGAAGUGCAAUUACGACCGACAAUCGAUGAAUCAGCUGCUUUAACAGCACCGGAUAUGACACCGCCAGAAACACUACCAAAACAGCGUGGUGGUAAAGCGUUGCGCCCAGAUUAUCCCAAAGGUUUAAAUUGCAAAAAAUGUUCAAAAACAUUUUAUUGGCGUGAGAAACUCAAAGAUCACUAUAGGCAACACGGUUUGGAAGAGGGCAAUGGCAUUGGAGCAGCUACAACCGAUUCAAUACAGAUGUCUGCGCCGGGUACAAGUUUACUAAAACACAAUACAUUUCAAUACCACUUGCCUCAACAUGAUAAUAAUAAUGUAAACACCAUAAUCGAUGCAACAAAUAUCGGUCACAACAACAGUUAUAACAGCACUGUUGAUGCCAAUGUAAUUGAUGCACAAGCAAUUGUCGACGCAGCUGUGGCGGAAGCUCAAGCCGCUUCUAUGCAAAUGAACUUGCAAAUGAAUCAGCCAGCACCGGACAUUAUAAUGGAUAUACCAGUAGCGACGACCACAAUUUCCACCACCACCACGAUGCCGUUAGAUUCAACGGUUAAUGCAAGCGAUGUAAAUAGCAUGCAACAGCAAGCUGUAACAGUGAUGUCCGGCUAUGCUUGUCCACAAAUACCAUCGGAUGCUAUACCGCAAGUGGUUGAAACGGAUACAACCAUAGAUAAUAGCGAAUUAGAUUUUGUUUUUAACGAUGCACUUUUCGAAGAUUUCGAAGAAGACGAAAAUGAGGAUGAAGAGAAUGAAGAGGAUGAUGGCACGGACUUUCAAGAUUUGCUGCUAACAAGUGAUGACGACUUUGACGAUAUGUUACAGGAUCAGCAGCAGCAACAGCAUGAUGCUGGCGGGGAGGCUGGUAGUGCCGCAGCGGUGAACAGCAGCAAUUAUCAACCAUAUUGUGUGCACUGCAAUAAAAAGUUUUUAAGUCAAUAUCAAUUUGAAAAUCACAUGUUCGUGCAUCGUGGUUUAGCUCCAUACCGCUGUGAAAUGUGCACUAAUUUGUAUAAUACGAAGCGUGCACUGAUUCGCCACUAUCGCGCGGUGCAUAAACGAAUUCCAACGAGGGAUAUGAUUCAAGCUAAGGGAGACAAAGUUGUAGUGGAUCACACGCCGAUUGAACAUUUAAAUCUGAUUGAACAAAAAGCGGUGACUUUAAUGUGUGCAAAAUGUCCUUACGAAUCGGUUGAAUUGCAAGUAAUGCAAAUGCAUUUGAACACCAUACAUGGCCUUGUUGAUGAGAACUACAUACUACAAAAAUUACCGUUUGAGUGUCCACGCUGCAUCCGUUCAUACGCGACGAGAGCGCGUCUGAUACGUCAUUUGGAGCGCAGUCAUUCGGUGGCGACUAUAAUACAACAGCAACGCAACACAAGCAAUAAUGCAUUGCGAAAUCAAUUACAACAACAACAAGCACACCAAUCAUAUAUAACAAUAAAAGACACGUCUAAAACAACAACAGCUGCAGCCAUAUCCACAUCCGCUAUAGCAGUGACAACAACAACGACAAAUUCAAGUUGCGGCCGAGGCAUAAGAACGCAUUCAUAUCAAUACAACUACAACAACAACAGCGCUGAUGACGUUGAUGUCCACGAUAAAGAUGUUGGUAUUGGUGUUGGCGUUCGUGGUGGUGGUGAUGACAUUGAAGACAACAACAAUAACAACAACAACAACAAUAAUAAUAAUAAUGAUGCAAGCACAACGGGUAAAUCUAAAUCUACAACUAACAGAGCUACGAAGAAAUCCACAACAACAACAACAACUACAACAAAUGCAACUGUCAGCGCCAGAAACACGAUCAAUGCAGUUGACAAAAUAAUUGGGUAUGAUAGUAUAUAUCAUGAAUUGCACGAUAACAACGAACUUUUUGAUGAAUAUGCCUGUGGCAUGUGUUCGCAAAGUUGGCGCACUGCAGCCGAGUUGCAUGCACACGAAUGCAUACGUGCGGUGGACACCAGCAACAAUGCAACCACCGUGGCCAUAUGCACGGCCAACACGUCUUUGGGCCUAAUCAAUUCGGAACGUUCACUCUAUCUCUUCAAAUGUGAUAUAUGCCAUUGCAAUUACAAGUCCAGUGAAUUACUUAAACAUCACAUGAAACGUCAUACGGCGCGCAAAUUUCGUUGCAAUCACUGUCCGAAAACCUAUAUCAAUCGUAGCGAAUUGAAAUUCCACCAACUCACCCAUACGGGCGAGAAGCCGCACAAGUGUGAGAUGUGCCCGAAACAGUUUCGUUAUCCGCAUCAUUUGAAACGUCAUUACGAUGUUAUACAUCUGGGCAAGCGUGCACGCUGUCCCGUGGAGGGUUGCGGUCGUACAUUUACGACGCAAGCGCAAUUGAAGAUACACUCGUGGAUACAUGACGGCAAUGAACCGUAUCGCUGCAAGUACUGUAGGGAAACGUUCAAGAAACGCGAGUAUUUACGAAAACACACGCGCCGCAUACACAAAUGCGAUCUAACUGAGGAGGAAAUCGCUGAAAUUUAUCGCCAAAGUGUUGGACAUACCAAUCCGCAUGACUUCACGGUGUCACUCUCCAAUGGACGCAUGCUGCGGCGUUCGGACGUCGAAUUGGCCGCCCAGCAUCCACACGAAUACGCAAACGAUUUAGCAGCAGAAACGGCAGUGGCCACUGCAAUAGCAGAGGUAGCUGCCGUUAGUAGCGUUCAAACGGAAAUCGAUGCAUCCAACGGACUCUCACCGCUAUUAGCAUCGAAUACACAUAAUAACAUGAAUAUGAAAUUCGGCAUGGGCGUCGAAGAGGAGGAUGAGCAUGCUGCUGUCUCCGUAUCGCAUGUUUCGCAGCGUAACACCUCUUUGUCCACGCACGAGGAAAGCAUACACACCUACAUCUUACCCGGCAUGGAAGAGCACGGCCAGUUGCCACAUUUCAAACUCGAAAAUUCUGGCGCAUUUUGAAGAGACACAAACGUACUCGUAUAUAUAAAUGUGCUGUGUAUUCGCCUUCGGUUUUACCACCAACGCCGCGACCAUCACCACCACCACCUUCACCUAAAACAGUAGUUUUUAAAUUUUUAUCUAAAUAUUUGCAAAUAUAUUUUAAUAUAAACAGUUACUAAAUGCAUUACUGUAUAUAUACACACACACAUACAAAAGUUUUAUGUUUGUCUGUAUAUGAAAGCAUAUAUCUACACUUAUUUUAACCAUUGUUUGGUCGGAGUAUCGCUCGAAGAAAAGUAAAGUAUUUAUCAUUAUAAUAUAAA